AUGUUCUCAAGACCGCUACUGCGGUCCGAGCUGCUGCUGCAAUCUAAGGUCACUCGGCUGCUGCUUGCAAGGAGCAGUAGCAGACGGGCGUGGGGCCGCAAGUCACCUCACCACGCGAGGCAGCAUCAGCGCCUGGCGCCAGCAGAGAGCACCUGGCCUCAUCGCGAGCAGCAGUGGCAGGCGGACGGACGUGGGGCAGCAUCAGCGUUCUCCUCAUGCCUCAAGCCACUGGCGGCAGCAGACAACGCCUGGUGGUGCCGGCACCUUGUGGCCGUGCCUCCACCAGUGGCUCCUCCCUCUUCUCUUGCGCUGUGUGCUCAUUCACCCAUUCACCUUGCUCCCACCACCGUGCUCUCACUAGCUCUGUGUGUGCGCAUUGCAGGUGGAGGGGAGGGGUGUGGGGUCAACACCGACGCUUCCCGACGCUCCUCCCCAGUGGCCGUGCAGGGACUCGUGGGGGCGGGAGGGAGGCAGCACUGCAGCAGCUUCAACACGAGGGAGAGCAUCGGGAUGGGCUUGGCCUAUCAAGUGGCCCCUCCCCUCGCUUGUGCUGCCUUCAAACUCUCAGUAGAGGGGGGGGGCGUUGGGGUCAACACCGACGCUUCCCCGUGCCCCUCCCCUGUGGCCGUGCAGGAGGGAGGGAGGGAGGCAGCGCUGGGAGGGGACGGGAGGGAGGCAGCACUGCAGCAUGGCAAUCCCGCUGCCACAAGGGAGAGUAUGGGCUUGGGCUUGGCAUUUCAAGGUGAGCCUUCUUCCUGCUCUUUUCUUCCACUCUCUCGUUUUGCUGUGGGUCCUUGGUUGCCUUUACCUGCUGUGGUCGCACUUGCUCCCUUCAAGUCCUGCACUCACUCGCCUCCUUCUCUCCUUUCUGCCCCCUUCCAGGUCACACUGAUGGCAUCACUUGGAGGGGGGAGUGGACAAGCAGCAGGGGAGAGGAGGGAGCGGAACAGCAUCUCUGGGAAGGCUGGGAGUUUGGCUGCCGUGGAGGGAGGCAUCUGGUGGUGGAGGGGAGGGGCGCUGGGGUCAACACCAACACUUCCCCACGCCUCUCCCCGGUGGCCGUGCAGGGACUCGUGGGGACGGGAGGGAGGCAUCGCUGCAGCAGAUGGCAAUCGCUGCCACAAGGGAGAGUAUCGGGGUGGGCUCGGCCUCUCAAGGUCACUCGCUAGUCACCAGGGGAAGCAGCAGCAGCAGCAGCAGGGGGCAGAGGGGGGGGGAAGUGCACAAGGAGCAGGGGAGGGAAGGGAACGAGUCAACAUCUUCAGCUGCCAGCUAAGUGCCUCCUCCCUGGACUCAACCUUGCUUGCUGCUCAUGUGCUCUUUCCUCACAUUGCUGGCUGA